AUAUUUUUUAAGUAAACGUGAAAGUUAUGGAGGUAUUUACAGAAAGGAAUAUAAACAAAGUGAAACUUUUAUUGAUUUAUGUGACCUUAUGAAAUGUUCACGUUGAAUUCUCAUUAGACUUUGCCGCUUCGCGGAUAGAGUUAAGGCGUUGGUUAUGUGAAUUUGAACGUCGAUUAAUUUUAUUUUUGAAAAAUGCCGUCUCCUAGAAGAAAAACACAUUCUGGAAAACGCAGAGAUCGAGAACGGAACCGAUCGGUUGGCAAAGAACGAAGGCGGUCAGUUGAUCGAGAAAAAAGUAGAGAUAGAAGCCGAGAUCGCCGUGAACGAGAUAGAGAACGAGAUUUGCGAUCACGAGACUAUAGGAGACGAUCCAGAUCUAGAUCACGGUCGUAUGAUAGAGGACGCGACAAAUCUCCCCAACCAUCAUCUUCUAGAAGAGUAAAUGCCAAACCAGUAGUAACCGAAGCUGAGCUUGAAGGCAAAACUCCGGAUGAACAAGAAAUGCUGAAAACAAUGGGUUUUUGUGGGUUCGAUUCUACAAAAGGUAAGAAAGUAGACGGAAAUAAUGUCGGUGAAGUUCACGUGAUUUUGAAACGGAAGUAUAGACAGUACAUGAAUCGAAAAGGUGGUUUCAAUAGGCCCUUAGAUUUUGUCGCCUGAUUCGGUAAUGUUGAAAUUGGCUUCAAGCUUUGAGAGCCAAAGAAUUAGACUUUAUACUCACAGAAAACCUAGCUUCGUUGAUUUACUUUCACAUUUUUGUUCAUUUUUUUACAUUGUUACAUGCAUAAUGGGUAUAUUUAAAGGUUUCUUACUCAUCCUACACAAAGUACAAUAGUCAAAACUUACCACAACAAACGGGUUCCACAUAACUGCAAUAGCCUUUUUCAUAUACAUAAACCACCACCUAUACAAAAUUUACCACAACAAUGCAAUAGCCAGAAGAAGAGUGUGUGUGAAUGCGUGAUAUAACGAAAUGUGCCUUCAAAGCUUGCUUUCGAAACGUAUUCAGAUUCCUCAACGAAGUCCAUUUAUAUGUGAUUUAGUCAGAACUAAGACAACCCAAGAAUACCUCUAGUAGGAGAUUUCUUUAUCCUUUGAUACAUGGUAAAUCUUGGUGACACGGAUAAUCAUGAAAUAUCUUUCUAUAUGUAUCCGCAUUUUUUACACCUCUUCUAUAUACAAAACACCAAACCUCAUAGGAUUUAUUAAUCACAGUUAACAAUAGUAUCAAAACAGAAACUUUAAAAUACCUCAUAUACUAGUAAGAUAAUAUAGUUCUGCUAUGCAAGCUCAUUCAUAUAAUGUACGUUUAUUCAUUUAGCAGAUUGAAAAUACACAUUUCUAACCAUAUUUCUAACCUGAACAAUAGAAACAUCUAGAAUCUUUGUCUACACGCCACCAAAUUCGUCUUACUAUUAAAUAUACGUUGGUAUUUUGUUCGGUUCCAGCAAAUAUUUAUAGCCCACACUUCCAAAAAAGUGCGAAAACAUAGAGCAAGAAUAACAGGAUUUUUUAAGCUAAUGUAAAAUUUACUGUAGCAAGGAAAACAUUUUAGGCAAUAAAUGAAAAGUUUUAAAAACGAGUCAAUGUUUAAUGUAAUGCUUAGAUUAAGAAUUAUGUAAAUGCGGCUACCAUGCAAAAAUAAAUUUUUAAACUAA